GCCUCCCGCAGUGGGCGGCGGCGGCGCUCUGGGCCGCGGUCUCUGUGCGGGCGCAGGGGGGCGGUUGCUAGGCUGCGCUCGGGGCCCAUUAGGCCCGCAGGGGCGGCGCGACCGGCUCGGGGCUCCGAGGUGGGCCCGUGAUGGCGGCGUCGCCUCCUCCCCCUGCUGCUGCCGCUACCCCGUCGCGGGGCUCGGAGGGCCCGUGCUGCGUGCUGUGCUGCGGGGAGCUGGAGGUGGUGGCGCUGGGCCGCUGCGAGCACCCCAUCUGCUACCGCUGCUCCGUGCGGAUGAGGGCGCUCUGCGGGGUGCGCUACUGCGCCGUCUGCCGGGAGGAGCUGGCCCAGGUGGUCUUUGGGAGGAAGCUGACGUCCUUUUCGACGAUACCCCUCCAUCAGCUGCAGCACGAGAAGAAAUACGAUAUCUAUUUUACUGAUGCAAAAGUUUAUGCUCUAUAUAGGAAGCUCUUGCAGCACGAAUGCCCACUGUGCCCGGAGGCCAGGCCCUUCGCCACCAUCGUGGAGCUGGAGCAGCACAUGAGGAAGCAGCACGAGCUGUUCUGCUGCAAGCUGUGUGUGAAGCACCUGAAGAUCUUCACGCACGAGCGCAAGUGGUACUCGCGCAAGGACCUCGCCCGGCACAGGAUCCACGGGGACCCUGACGACACCUCUCACCGCGGGCACCCCCUGUGCAAGUUUUGCGACGAGCGCUACUUGGACAACGACGAGUUGCUGAAACAUUUGAGGCGAGACCACUACUUCUGCCACUUCUGCGAUUCCGAGGGGGCCCAGGAGUAUUACAGCGAUUACGAAUACCUCCGGGAGCACUUCCGCGAGAAGCAUUUCCUCUGCGAGGAAGGGCGCUGCAGCACCGAGCAGUUCACCCACGCCUUCCGGACCGAGAUCGACUACAAGGCGCACAAGACGGCCUGCCACAGCAAGAACCGGGCAGAGGCCAGGCAGAACCGGCAGAUCGACCUGCAGUUCAACUACGCUUCUAGGCACCAGCGGAGGAAUGAGGGUGUCGUCGGCGGAGAAGACUACGAAGAGGUCGACAGAUACAACAGGCAGGCGAGAGGAGGCCGGACAGGACCACGUGGCGGGCAACAGAACAGGAGAGGAAGCUGGCGGUAUAAGAGGGAGGAAGAAGACCGGGACAUCGCCGCAGCCGUCAGGGCGUCGGUCGCCGCCAAAAGGCAGGAGGAGAAGAAACGGGGGGAGGACAAAGAGGACGGGGGCCGGGCCAGGAAGGAGGAGGCGAAGGAGGCGGAGGCGGGCGCCUCAAAGCGGGUGCCGAAUCCCCCCUCGGAAGCCCCCCCAGGGCCCAAGGAAGCGGCUGCGAAGGCCGUGCUGAGCCAAGAGGACUUCCCCGCCUUCGGAUCGCCCGCAGUUGUCUCCACGCAAAGCCCGGCCCAGCCGGCUCCGGUGAAGCUGAAGGAAGAGGACUUCCCCAGCCUCUCUUCCGCGGCAUCCAUCACCGUCCCCUCUGCAAUGUCCCUGUCGUACACGGCGACCGCCCAGAAGACGUCCUUUCAAGAGGAGGACUUCCCCGCCCUGGUAUCCAAAGUCCGGCCAAGCAACAAGACCUUCUCCACCCUCUCCUCUGCCUGGAACAACAGCUCCGUCAAGAACGCGGUCAGAGCUGUGGCCCCGAGCUCUGCGGGCACCGGUCAGCCCGCAAAGAAGUUGGUGCCGGCCGGUGGCAGCAGAGGAAGCAAGAAGGCCAAGCCCGCCGCCCUCGACGUCGAGGAUGACAGUGUUGGCGGCCUCACGAGUCAGGAGAUCCGCAGCACCCCGACGAUGGUGGACGUGUCCUCCUUGCUGGUGGCCCCGAACGCUCAGACUUUUCUGAAAGUGGGCAGGAAGAAGAAAGUCGGGGCGGAGAAGCAGAGGGCAUCGCCGCCCCCUGUGGCACCGCAGGAGCUUCCGCCCCCUGUCCCUUCUGGAGAGAGGGAGCCAGAGGCAGAGGCCCCGCCGAGCGCCCCCACGAAUGCCGCCGUAGCGGAGAGAGCGGCGGCGGUUGUGAACGGCUACUCGGAGAAGCCCGCCCCGUGCAAAGCUUCCAAGGAGCCACCUGGCCUCAGGAAGCCCCCCGCGGCCAGCCAGCCCCUCUUGCCUCAGGAAGACUUCCCAGCCCUCGGCAGCUCCGGAUCACCUCGAAUGCCGCCUCCGCCAGGUUUCAACUCUGUGGUGCUACUGAACAGCCCCCCGCCCCCUCCAGGGCUGGCGGCACCUCUCAGCAAACCACCUCCCGGCUUCACCCCGAUUCCGCCCGUCUCGGAUCUCGCCCCCACGAAAGAGGCCAAGCCGUGUCAGGGAGCCUACCUGAUCCUGGAGAACUUCCAGCAGCGGAACACGCAGCUCAUCCAGUCGAUCAAGGAGUUCCUCCACCACGACGAGUCGCAGUUUAACAAGUUCAAGACGUCCUCGGGACAGUUCAGGCAGGGUCUGAUCUCGGCCGCUCAGUAUUACCGAAGCUGCCAGGAGCUCCUCGGUGAGAACUUCCAGAAGAUCUUCCACGAACUCCUGGUCCUGCUGCCGGACACGGCCAAGCAGCAGGAACUGCUGGCCGCCCACACCGACUCAAAGGCCAAGGAGAAGCCGGCGGGUGGCUGUUGUCCCUCCUCCGGCAAGUCCAAGAAGAACCGGAAGAACGCGUGGCAGGCGGACCCGGGCCCCGACCUCGACUGCUGCGUCUGCCCCCAGUGCCCGCAGGUGCUGACCCCGCGGGAUCUGGCGGCCCACAAGGCCCUCCACCUGGAGGACGAGGAGUUUCCCUCCCUGCAGGCCAUCAGCCGGAUCAUCAGCUAGCCUCCGCGGGGGCGAGCAAUAAACCCAAGUCUCCGUUCGACGGCUCGCGCAUCUUGGGCGACGGCAGGGGAGCCGGGCAGAGAGGAGAGAGAGAGCAGCCAGAUCCACGGAGGCUGCAAAAAGGGGGUUGUUGCGAGAUUGGGAAAGGGGCAGCCGGGGUGAGUCGCGAGCCCCCGCGGGGAGCCCUCUGGGAUUGCGGGGAGGUGCAGCAGAGAGCGUCCGCCGCCUGAACUCAUUUGUGGGUUUUGAGCUCCGAUAGAGAAAAU